AUGAGAUUUCCUAUGUGGGGUGUUUUGAAAUGCAAUGACCUGGAUCAUGCUUUGGAUUCGGGAGCGAGAGGAGAAACCCUGACCUUUUCUUCUUUCCGUCAUGAAUCUUCGGUCUCUUCACUGUUCUUGGACGUGGACGUGGACGUGGACUUGGACUUGGACUUGGACUUGGACUUGGACUUGGACUUGGACUUGGACUUGGACUUGGACUUGGACUUGGACUUGGACUUGGACUUGGACUUGGAGAUGAUGGAAAUACAUACAGAACCAGGACAAUCAAUUAAUGUACGUACAAGUCAAGUAGACAAGGAGUAG